CUGAUCUGGAGCCAUGAGUUUGCCGGCUCUUACGAGAGUUGGGAGCAGCAGGUGCGCUAUUUCAGCCAUCGCUACCAGGUCAUCACGUACAACGAUCGCGGCUAUCCGCCCUCCGAGGUACCCACCGAUCCGGAGGCGUAUUCGCAGGACAUCACCAUCGAAGACCUGCGCCGGCUGAUGGACCAUCUGGGGCUGGAAGAGGCGUACAUCGGCGGCCUGUCGAUGGGCGGCAACGUUGCGCUCAACUUCGCCCUGCGCUAUCCGGAGCGGUGCCAGGGCAUCAUCGUGGCAUCGGCUGGAUCAGGCACCACCCACAACGACGCCUUCCGGUCGGGCGGCGAAGCGAUGGCGGCGCGGAUGCUGGCCGAAGGCACGCCUCCGGUGAUGAAGGACUACGGCAGCGGCCCGACGCGGGUGCAAUUGCAGCGGAAAGACCCCCGGGGCUACGAGGAGUUCAUGCGCCUGCUGCUGGGGCACAACGCCCGGGGCGCGGCCUACACCUUCCGCGGCGUGCAGCUGAAGCGUCCCACGAUUGACCAGCUCAUCCCGCAGAUGAACGCCCUGCAGGUGCCCACGCUCAUCAUGAAUGGCGACGAAGACGACCCAUGCGUCGAGCCGAGCAUCAUGAUGAAAAGGGCGAUUCCGUACAGCGGUCUGGCGGUGCUGCCGCAGUGCGGGCACGCCAUCAACCUGGAAGAGCCGGCGCUGUUCAAUCAACUGGUGUCCGACUUCCUGACCGCCGUCGAAGCCGGGAAAUGGGCCGAGCAUUCACUGGGCGAAACGCCGUACACCACCGGCUCAAGGUAA